AGCCAUCAAAUUUUCGAGCAGAAUGCUCGCCGUAUUUGUGCUCCCUAGCCGCGGAUUUUCUAUCUCAGAAAUCAUGGACGUAUCGAAAUAAGUGAAGAAGGUGACAGAUAUUCUAUAUAGACUCUGAAAGUGGAGUAAUCAGGGUGAAAAUGCAACACCAAAAUCGGUGUUUUGCAGUUCACCUUUUCAAGAUGGCCGGCCCUUCUUGUUGUUGUUGUCUUGGCCGAUUUCUAAUUGUCAUUUUGGUGACAAGCUCGCUGAACUUGCCGAUUGAUGCGGCAAAAAAACACUCCCGUCGGACUAGGGACUUAGGUGUGUCGGGUAUGGUUCAUUUCAACAACCCUAAAUUGUUAAAAGAUGCCGAUCGCGACCUUUGGACUGACGAUGACUGGCUCAAAGACAGGCGACAAGAAAAUCUUGAUCCCAAGAAAAUUGGAGGGAUCAUAAUCACUAAAGAAGCCAGAAGGCUUUCUCUGAAGCUGAAAAAAAUUACGAAUGAAGAGCUAGGAGUUACUGCCAUGCAGGGUAUUUUUGAUUCUCUACCGUUUUUAGAGCGGACUGCCAGCGAAGAGAACCAGUUGCUAGAAUUAACCAAAAGAAUUGAAACGAAGUUUCACCAAUAUCUACGGGUCCUUCAGAGUAACAAACAAACUGUGGAAAACCUGUACAGAUUCCACGCCAAGGUGCCAAUCAUCCAGAAGUUUGACUGUUGUAAUCUCCUUGAUCAAGACCUCAAAUCUGAGAACCAGUACCGUUGCAAAGUAUCCCGGCUGACCACUUGUGACUUGAUUCCACGAAAUGUACCCCACGGUGCUUUCAACCCUGGGCGAAAUCUCACUCAAGUUUUCCUGCACAAUGUUCAGUACUUUCCUAACUUAAAGUGGCAGUAUUUCAUCUCCAUCGAUGGCAUUCACAACGAAUACCCAGCCCACAACUUCCAGAUGGCACCCAUGGAUUGCCGAAGUGUUCACAACAUCCGACACAGGGAUGUUUUUGUGUCAACGAUCCAACCUCAGCGUAAACACGUUGUAAUCAUGAUGGAUCACGGGAACUCCCUGAGCCCAAACCAGCUAAACACCGCCAAAGCUAUAGCCAGGCACAUCAUUCGCUCCCUCUCAGAGAAUGAUCGGGUUGGUUUGAUCGGCCUCUCCUCGAAGGCGACCUACCCAAGGUCUGAUGGAUGUCUGUCUGAGAAGCUUGCCCCUCUCACCUACGAAGCCAAGGACUUCUUUAUGCAUUUCAUUGACUCUUUGGGCAAAAUGGAGUCUCCUACUGACCACACUCUGGGGUUCUUCAAGGCAUUUGAUAUGAUCCACAACUCGCUAGCCACGUCAAAUCAGACAAGUAAUUCAGCAGACAUGGAAAAUGACUAUACCGAGUUGUCAGAUGAAGCUAUGAUCAUGUACAUUAGUCGUGGCCUGCUCUCCUCAUUGACUGAAGCCAAGGAGGUGAUGAAGACCAUCGCGAUGGAGAAUGGGCGAAUGGGACAUAAAGUCAUGAUCAACACUUAUGCUGUCAUUGAUGAUGGUAAACCAAUAAUGUAUGAGAAAAGUUUCCUGCAAGAUAUCGCCGACCAGAACUUUGCCAAGUAUGAUGUUCCAAGGUUCAAUGUGAUGCCAGUCAUCAAAGGUGAAAUGCUUGCAGUGAACACAACCAGAGAGCUCAGUGCCAGUGUGGGCACGUUCUUUGCCCCCUUGAACAGGUCAACAAUGGACCUGCCUCACUUCUCCCUGCCAUAUAUCGAUGCCGCUGGAAAAGGUCUAAUCACGAGUAUUACACAGCCGACUUUCUACAAUGAGCAUGUUAUUGGCAUCACUGGUAUUGACCUUCACCUCGGUGACCUUGUCGAGGAUGUAACGUAUUAUGAUAAUGAUAGAUCAGCUUAUUCUUUCCUCAUCAAUACAGAUGGUUACAUCAUAAUGCAUCCAUCAAUGGCCCGUCCAGUCAACUCUGAACAGCAGCCAAUGCACACAGACAUCCAACAAUUUGAAAACUACCCUGGCUUCGACAAGAUUCGCACAUCAAUGCUACUGUUGGACGAAGGGUUAGGGACACUUUACAUUCCCCGGAAUGAGACGUCUGAGAGUGUGUACCUGCCGGGGACAGGGGAGACAAUCAAGGCCAAGUAUCUGUGGAAGAGGGUGCCAGGUGGUGUUCCUGUCAUUGUCUGUUUGAAGGUCAUGACGGAAGACUUGAAGCGGCGCGAUCUGAAGAAUGUCAGAAUUUCUGGUUCUCCCGACAUGGUAUCCUACAGGCUUGACAUUUUACCAUCAGACAAGAACUGCAUGCAUCUGAAAACUUUGUCCACACCAGAAACAAGUACAAUGUAUCUGUCGCCGACGAGUUUCAUUGACCCCUUCAAACAUCUGAUGGAGACAGAGACAAAAAAGAUGAUACAAGGAUACCUGGCCUACCUCAAGGAUGAGACCAAACUCAUUGCCAACCCCGGCCUCAAGACAGAGAUACGUUGCGAUGCUACAGCACUGGCCCGUAUCAACAGUGUCUGGGUCAACCGGUAUAAGAUGAGCUACUUGAAUGAUUAUAUUGUGCGGAGAUAUGUGGCCACGCCAAGUGGUGUAUUUAGGAUGUACCCAGGGACCUUGAUGCACAACAACUAUGCUCCAGACAAACGACCAUGGUACACCCGAGCGAUGGAAUACCCAGGAGAUGUGACUUUGACAGCUCCUUAUUUGGAUGUGGGUGGAGCCGGAUAUAUCGUCACUGUCAGUCAUUCUAUCUAUGAGGGAAAAGCUGCAUCCAUGCAUACGCCUGAUGACCGGGUAGUUGCCAUCAUGGGGAUCGACUUCACAUUGAGGUUCAUGUACAAGCUUCUGAUCGAUGCCAUGCCAAACUGUGGACAUUCAGAAAUAAGAUGCUUUGUGUUCGAUGACAAGGGCUACCUGAUUGCCCAUCCUGGCCUGAUUGAGCCAAAUGGCAAGGGUCCUGUCGAGAUGCAGCACAUCACACACAUGGAACCACUGGUGGCAAAUGAUAUCCUCAAUCACCGCCACUUUGUCAAGAAGACGCUGUGUAAUGGUUACAGCGAUAGGAAGAUACAGAGAUAUUAUCACUUCAAUACGAGCCUGGAGGGCGUCCUGACCAACCUCGUCCAUGGUGAACACUGUGCCAAGUACCAGAUCACAAGCAUUCCUGGAACCAAUACCUUCCUUGGUAUCGUCAAUCAGACUUGCAAUAUGAUCACAGCGUUCUGUCCCUGUAGCAUGGUUGAUCGUCUGUGUCUGAACUGCCACCGCAUGGAGCAGAGUGAAUGCGAGUGUCCGUGCGAGUGCCCACUUGAAAUGAACUUCUGUACGGGUAGUCUCCUCAAUGAGGAGAAUCGCAACCCCAGCUGCCCGAUGUAUCCCGAGGAGGCAGCCCUGCAAGUUGUCCCAUCCAAAGUCAGCGAGGGAUUGCCCCAGUGUUAUAAACCUCACUGUGAGGAUCGGAGGACCAAGGAUGAAUGUUUUGGUGUCAUUGACUGUGAAUGGUGCCAGAGAGACAGUGAUGGUGAAACACCACUGAUGGAACCCUACUGUGCCACACAGAGAGUCUGCUUCGGUGGAGUCUAUGGGGCACCCUCACCAUAUAGAGAUGAAAUCAAAUUACUUGCUCAACAAGAUGAACAGCACUCGGUGCGGACGACCCCUGUCGGACCAGUCGCUGGAGGCAUCAUGGGAUGCUUCCUGGUCCUGGCGCUGGCUGUCUACUGCUACCGCCAUCAUGUUCAUCGUAAUAAUCAUCAGUAUAUCACGUCGAUACCCGAUACGGGGGUUCGCAUGUCGCAGCUCGAUAAUGAACAAGAGGAUAUUGAACCUCAUGAGGAGCCUGGGUCAGGUCACACCAACAUAGUGCUCGCAUCAUUUGAAAACGCUGCGAGUAUUUCACCCUACAGAGUAAACACCAUGUACCGGCGGCCGACCACGGGAGACAGUGAUCAUGGUUACAGCACCAUGACACCUCACGAGGACAGUGAACAAGCUAGCACAACAUGUAUAGAACCUUUAAUAGUUGGAAAGGACAGAUAUAAACCUUCUGCAUACAUUUCCAAAGCUCCCGCAAUACCACCGCCUCCGUCUAGUGGCACCCGGCGGAGUCGGAGCCCCACGCCACCGCAGACGAGGCUCCCUACUCAUCACACCGUUAUUCCUGAGCAACAUGCGAUAGGACCCAUGACAGUUUUACCUGAGUCUUCCCAUCACAACCCCCAUCAUGUUAUAGCCAAUGUCCAGGUUCACAUGGUGGAUACGCACUGAUCAUUGCAAUAACUCGGAAUUCAGGAUUUGAACUACUGUGCAGUCAAUACUCGGAUCCUUUCAAUAGAUCCUAACAAUUGAGAUUCCCAUGAGGAACUAUGGAUAGUGGAUGCCUCUUAUCCAUGAAUAAUGGAUUGGAAAAUUCAGGGUCGUGGAAAUCUUCCUGUGUAAUGCCGUUGUGUACGUUCUGGACACUUGGAGAUUUUCUGCAGUAACAGGAUAGACUUCCUAUAAAUGCGCAGCACAAUCUGUGUUCACAAGUGUGGUUUUCAACAGUUUUGAGUCACAAAUCAGAAGCCUUCGAAUCUUUGUUUCCGGUCACAUGACAUGAUUGUGCUCUCCUUCUUUCAAGGAGACAGACGGAAGAGGUGAAUUGGUCAUCCAUACGUUAUUUUGGCUUCAGUAGCCUCAUGGUAAAUCAGCCCAAAUAAGGAAGGCAGGUUGUAUCUCAAAUGAUGUUAUGGAGAGGCCUGGUCUGUCAUCUUGAAAGAUGGAACAGGUUUCUUGUCUCGACUGGGAUAUGCUGUGUUAUGUACAAUCAAUUUUAUUACGUGUAGGACUAUCAGGGUAUUAUUUGUUGUGUUCAAACAGUCAUCGAGAAACAGCAGACAAGCUGUGUGUUGGCCAGUGCAAGAUCUAGGGCAUGGGGGGGUUCGCAGGCUGGUUUUUUCGGUGCUUGCAAAAAUCACCAGGUCUUGGAUGUCUAGAUGUAAUCUUUAAAUGCAGUGCAUUACUUAAAGUUUCAACUUGACUAUUCUCAAGUCAGCGGGAUUCCUCUUUCAUUGUGUGUAAUGGUUGCUGACCUGGAGGAAAAUCUUAUCGAAUUUAUAACUUAUUGAAAAUACACAAUUAACUAACCUAAAUUAGGGUUCAGUUUCUCUCCUGAUUACUCACUGAUGAAAUUUACUUCAUCACAACGACAAUAUAGUUAGUAGUGCCAUAAACCGGACAGUGUAUAUAGGACAAAUUUCAUGGGUCUUGUUUGUACAUGUGUGUGACCAUGUGUAUAUGGAAUGUAGAAUGUGCUGUUGAGGUGUCCAUUCAUGAAAUCAGCUAGGGGGGAAUUUGAGGAUAACUUACUGAAGUACAGUAAAUUGUCUUUUAAGUCGGCAUCUGUAAGUAAUUGAGCGCCACUGUGCAUGAUUCUCAUGCAAAAGUACUGAGAUUUUGGGGUUUGUAGUAUUUCAGUCUUGCGAAACAGUAUUUACAUACAUGUACCAGAUUGGUGCAAAAAAACUGACGAAACAAUAUACUUUUUGUGUCAUAUUCGCACCAAUUUGAUGGGGAGGUCAUGCAGUUUCAAAAACACUUGUAAAAUAUCUUUUCUACCUCACUUGUGUUCAGUAUUUAUAUUCAUGGGCAAGGGGACUCCAGACUAGUUUUGCGAAUUUUCUCAGAACUGAGUCUGUUUCAGUGUUCAGAAUAAUUUUGGAAAUGUCUAAAAUUUGAUACUUCAGUGUGAAUAUUUAGGUUGCAAGGUUACCUACUUCCAUUUUUAGGCCCAGAUUAUUAGGCCAAUAAGCAGGCCUGUGAGGAGUCGAACUCAAGUUGGCCCUGAAGACAAGACGACCUAUUAGCUUCAAAUCGCAGUAUUCAUUAAAAAAAUGAUGCGUUGAAACAACAAUGUGGUCAUUAUGACAAGAAAUCAGUGAAAAUUAGAGUCUGAUGAUAAAGAAAUCGACAGAGUAGCAUUAAUUUGUACAAAUGCACAGCAAAUUUAUCAUUCACCAGCAUUUGCAGAGUUCGUACAAUUGCCAUUCUGACAACCCACAGUUGGGGUUAUUUGCUGGCAACUUCAUAACUGAUUGACCUUAACCUAGGAGUAUUAAAAUAUUGAGCCUGAAAUCAAAGUAUUCAUUUUCUCAGCAACUUGAGGGAAUUUGUCCACCACUUUUGCAGCUAUGAUAAUGACGAGUUUUUGUGGGGCAUUGUUCAUAUAUAAUACAUGUGUGCUGGUAAAAUAUUGAUUAUGAAAUUUGGCUUCUACAUGAACGGCCAAGUAUUUGCUACAAGUUUGUAUCAGGUGGUGAUCGUUGGUUACGUCAAAUACUUCGGCUUUUUUCCGUCCCUAGGUAAGCUAUAAAAUGCUUGAAUGUACGCAACGUGAAGGCAUAAGGAAAUUCAUGUGCUAAUCAUAUAGUUUAUAUAUCAUUUAUACAUCUGUCAAAAUUUCAUGCACUCGUCUCCAGCAGAAAGGGUUUAAAUCCACCAAGAAGUCAAUUCUUGGCGCAGUGACGGAGUCCUGUAACAUAGAAAACUGGCAUGAUGUAACCAAUGGUCACUACCUCUGUUGGUAUCAUGAUUGAUCUGAAGAUUGAUACAAGUUGGCGAUAGUGUUUUGGAAGUACUAGUAGAUGAACAGUUGUACUUACCCAUACAUGUCAGUGAGCAGGAAAUCUCAGUACUUAUGUACUGACAGGGCAUUGAGAUUAUUCCAAGUUGAAAAUUUUUUCUCAUUCCAAUUACUUAAGUUGUGCAAAUGUACUUCAAAUUGUAAUGUACAAUAUUUUAAGGUACUUAGGAUUCUGACAAUCAUCCAUCAUGACCAUUACAAGUCAACACAAACAGGGUCCAUUCAGCAUCUAUACUAUACCAUCAGUGAUUUCCACAUCGAUUUGAGUUGGGUAGAUUCCAAUUUUCUAAUGAAGUACAUAAAUAUUCAUGCAGACUUUGAGAUAUUUUGACAUUAUGUCAUGAAAAAAGGCAGCAAAUAGAGCUGGCAUCUUCAUUCAGCAACUACAGUAUGGGUCACUGAGGCUGGGGGAUUACACCUUUUAAGAAAAUAGCGUGGGAGUCACUGACUGUUGUGUUUUAGUUGUACUUUGUUGCCAUUACAUGUAUGUCUUGAACGUCAUCAGUUUUGGAGUUGACAACUGAAGUCAUUUGCACCGUAGUUUGGGUGUCUCAUGCCGGGUAGCUCUACUUAUUCCAGUAAUAUCCAAUGAUAGGUGAUCAGAAUCAAUGUACUUGUAAUGUGAUCAAGUCUAUAUCUACAUUGUUGAACCAAAUAAGAUGAACACUAUCUAUGUGUAUUGCACAUGGGGAUUUGGUUUAGUUGGAUUGAAACCAUCUGUAUAUUAUGACGGGCGUGCAGACUUGUUCAUAUUUGCUCAAUUUAGCAUACAUGCACCAAUUCUGUGGUGAUCUUAUUAUACAUACACAAUGUCAUAUGUAUACAAAACUAUAAGUUAUCUUUAUAUAUGUAUAUAUCUAUAAUGUGAAUGAUUGAUUAUAUGGUAGUGUUUGUUCAUUGGUGUGUCUUAGACAAAUGGCUUUUAACCACUGUUCUUAUUUUCCUGCCUUGGAAACUAUGAGAUAAAGACAAAACAGAAAUGCUUCAGGCUAAAUUUUAGCUCUUCCCAUGCAGUGUUUGUUGAGACAACCAACAACUCCAGUUUGGUGUCAGUUAAUUUACGAAAAUAACUACGUACAACUUGGUGAAAAUUUGCCAUUUUACCAUUAUCUAGAAAGUUGAUUUACCAAACUCGUCUUGUCCAUAAUGUCACACCAGCUCUGUGCGGUAACCUAAGGUCCUAGGUCUAUAAACCUGUUUCAGACAUGUUGUGCACAAAAUGUCAACAGAAGAAUGGGGUCAGUUGCAUAUUUUUGGUAGAGAAAGAGCCCUAUUUUGGGACUGGGAAGAGUUUAUUAUAUGUUUUAUAUAUAUAGCUGCUUACUACUCCCUGCCACUACAGCCGAUAACUUUUCCAUCUGCCUAAUUAACAUGAAUUAUAGGUUAAAUUCUGAAAUUUUAAAUCUAUGAUUGAUACAAUAUGUAUUGGACAAAUCAUUGAUUAUGUGAACAUUUGUUACAGAGUUCAUCAGCUCAACCGGGUAGGGCUGUGGGGAUGAUGGGUGAUGCUCUCUUGGCCAGGUUUGGAUUCGAUUGUCCCUCACUUUUCACACUUAACGUUUUUCACACUAAUACAUGUUUGUCAGGAAGAUCCAGCAGGUUUGCUCUUUGAUUCAUGAUGCACUCUAAGAGGUGACAGGAUAAUCCCUGUAUGCAUGGUCCAAGUAGGAUAGUGAGUGAUGUAAUGCACUUCCUCUCCCUCCUUGUAUAAGGCCUUCAAACAUGACACUCUCAUUCUAGUUACAAAGUGUAAACAUGACAUGUGAAAUGACCUUGUAAGUCUAGUCUCAAAGUAAAUUUGGCUGGAUUCUACUUGUAGUGCGUACCAAGUAAUGGAAAACUAGGGAGUUUCUCGUUUCUCGUUCUUCUGAGGUGAAUGAAAAUGAAAAUCUUGUGGAUCUUUCUUGUAAUGUUUUGUUCAUCUUGCCAUUUCUAGUCAUGUGAUACUGUCACUUUCACAUUCAGGCAUGUGAAGAAAUUUGUAGAUAUUUGUACAUAAAUGAAACAUGGCAGGUAAUGUCUGUGCUACUUUGUAAAAAGAAUUAUCAUUUGCUUUGGGCCUUGGCUGAGUUCUUUGGACUUGGUUCUGUUUCCAGUUCCAAAAAUGUUUCUUGCAUUUUGAAACAGUUGAGUCCUGGUAGCAUUUUAAUGAUAGGUAGGAUGUAAUGAUUCUGUGUUUAUGUCAGGGUCACCAAAUCUGAAUGCUUCACUGCUCCUUUAAUAAAAGGAGGAGUACAUGUAUAACAAACAUUAUGUUGUUUGAAUAAUAUUUAUAACUUACGUUGCCAGGGUUUUUAUUGUUCUUGACAGAAAUUAUCAGUGUGUGUAAUAUACCCUGGGGACUGGGUUAGGUAUUGGUCACAUAAUUAUAAUCAUCCAUGACACGUCAAAGUGAGCAAAGAUUAUUGCGUUGUAAAUAUUUUGUUAAAUAUUUUGCGGGAACAACUGGAUUCCUGUUGCUGUGUUUUUCAUGACAUUUUGAGUAAAAUGCUCACAAUCAUUUUCACGCGACAUUGAAAUUUUCAUGGAGCAUAGUCCUGAAAGUGUACUUCAUAUUUCAUGGAAAUUGUCGAUCAUAGUUUUUUCCUUAUUACAUGUACCACCAGCAGUUGUUAGACAAUCAUUUUUUAUGACCUAUAGCAAUUAAAUGUAUGACGGGGAAGUCACAGCAAUUUGUUAGAAUCUCCUUCUAAAGCUUUGUUUCAAGUUCUCAAGGGUGAGACCAAAGACUGAUUACUCAAAGACUGAUUUAAGACAAAACGUUAGAAGAAUAUCACACAAAGGUUGCACAAUACUCAUUUUGACUCUGUAGUUGUUCACAAAAUCUUUCCUCUGUGUUUAUACAGUCUGUCAUUGUAUUGUCAGUUGAUACUACUGUAUGUUGAAGUUGUGUUUCUCAUAGACUGGUAUUUUGUAAAAGUAGUGUCAGAAUUUUGUAUAAAAUAUGUCAAGAUUAAAA